UGCUCGUUGUUCUCUUCUCUUCAGGAACAACACAAAACAAGGAUGAUGUCGCAGCAAUGGGGCUCUCCAUGUGGAAGCCAAUGCACCAAUAAAUACGCUGCCCUCGGCAAAAUCCCAUGGCGAAUAUUCUGCAAAAAGGGUUGCGACUCAGAUGGAGAGACAUGGGAAGAAUGUUUGGAGGACUGCAAUCAAAUAUGCUACAAGGAUCCCGUACUAAAGGACCAGCAGUGGAGUGCUUAUAUUGAUCGUUCCCCUGGAGCUGCCAGUUAUUCGGAGGAAUGCUUUCAUGCGUGUGUAUCUGGCUGCGGUUACAAGUUUGAGGUUAAAUCAGAGGAAGCUGAUAAAGUCUGUCCUAACAGGCAACCAAAGCCUGAAACCAAGCCUACUAAGAAGCCAAAGCCACAACCUGUACGCCCCAUCGAUCUGCCUGGUGAUAUACCUGACACUUCUGCAUAGUGAAAAACAUCAGCAUAUUUGACAAAAAUCCAGCAUGUAUGUAUACUUGAUACUUUGUUGGUUAUAUUCUCUCAGGAAUUUUUUUUUCUUUCUUUUUCUUUUUUUUUUUCUUUUUACCUUGAAACAUGCUAAUUGUUAUCAGCAUGAGUUACUUACAUUUUGUGGACAACACCAUGAGUGGUUGUGCCUAUUUUUGCCUUGAGAAUUUGGAGGCAUCGUGUUGCCUUUAAACUGGGAGCAUUGAUAGUUGGAUAAUUACAGGGCUUCCAUGAUUUAUUAAGGAAAGUUGAUGUUCUAGGAUUUUAAAUUGGUGAUUUUUUUUAUCUGAUCAUUACCGUUAUAAAUCUCGA